AUGGGGAUGAAAGAGGAAUUGUCGAAGAUGAUCGAAACCCUAGGCACCACGUCGAUGACAAAGGCAAGGUUUGCGGCUGCUAUGGCAAGGCUUGGAGAAGCCCUAGGCAAUGCCAUGGCAAAGCCAACCAAGUGCGAAACUUGUGACUCCAUCAGAAGUGGAGGCGGCGACGACCAACGCGAGGGAGACAGGGGCGACAUCUUGAAAAGGCUGACGCCUGUUACACCGAAGGCGACGCUUGUUGUGUUGAAGGCGGCAGUGGAGUGGGCUAGAGCAUUGAUGACACCCAUGGCGUUGGGAUUGAGGGAUAAGAUCCAGGUGAGGAGAACGACGCUGUUGGUAGCAUGGGCGUUGGCAUUUGUAGCGUGCACAAUGCAAAUAGAGAUGCUGAAGGCUCCGAUGGAGGGCUAG